AUGACUUUAUCAUUGUUGCUCAUAAUAAUGUGCUGUAUAAUGGAUUCUUUUAGGACGACGUCUGGUUCUUCUGCUUUCGGGCAGUCUUCGUCGACAAGCCCCUUCAGGCAGUCAUCGAGCAGUCCUCUUCUGUCCCAAUCGGUCUUCAGCCAGUCAAGUACUACAAACAAUCCUUUGGCGCCCAAACCCGAACCAUUUGGUAGUACAACGACAACCCCUUUUGGAUGGCCACAAACGGGGCCGUCCAUAUUUGCAGGAACAUCAAAUUGUGUUUUUGGUGCUACUCAAUUUUCAGCACCCGUGUUUGGUGCGUCAUCAUCACCAGCUUUAGUAGCGUCUUCUGCUCCUGCUGUAGGAAGUUCGUCGUCGUCCGCACUUGGAGCGUUUGGUGGCAUAGGGUCUGCAUUUGGUGCAUCAACUUCCUUAGUCUUCGGCCCUAAAGGUGCAUUUGGGGCUUCUAGCACUCCUGCUUUUGCCGCCUCAAGUAGUCCGGCUUCUAGCACUCCUGCAUUUGGUGCAUCAUUCGGCCCUAAAGGCGCAUUUGGGGCUUCUAGCACUCCUGCUUUCGCCGCCUCAAGUAGUCCGGCUUCUAGCACUCCUGCAUUUGGCGCAUCAACUUCCUCAGUCUUCGGCCCUAAUGGCGCAUUUGGGGCUUCUAGCACUCCUGCUUUCGCCGCCUCAAGUAGUCCGGCUUUUGGGGUUUCGAAAACUCCUUUUGGGACUUCCAGCAGCCCUUCCAUCUGCUUUGGUUCAUCUCCAGCAUUUGAACAGUCAGCAUCUGCUUUUAUUAGUAGCAGCCAUUUUGCAGUAUCAUCUCCUAUUGAGGCCCGGAUAGGAAGUCAGGCCACAACACCAACUUUUGGUGGUGCUGGAUUCGGGCAGUCAGGUUUCGGGGAUCAGCAACAAGGAGGAGGAAGUAGAGUGACCGCAUAUGCAGUGACUAUCGAGCAAGAUAAUGGAAGUGGUGAACAACUUGAUGGGAAGUUAGAGUCGGUAUCAGCCAUGCCCGCAUGUAUUAAUAAGAGCCAUGAGGAGCUUAAGUGGGAGGACUAUCAGUUGAGUGACAAAGGUGAAUCAAAUCCUGCUGGUCAAUCUGCUGGUUGUAAUCUCUUUGGUGCAUCUUCUUCCAUCUGGACACCUGCAUUUGGUGGACUGUCCUCCACUGAAAUGUCGAAUCCAUGUUUCUCCACCAUUGCCUCCAAUUUGUUCUCUUCCAUGACAUCCAAUCCAUUUGCUCCAAAACCUGUGAGCUCGGGCUUUGGGUCAGGACCUGCUUCUUCACUCUUUCGUUCUAUGCCCUCAUUUGCAACUUCCGUGCUUGGAUUCAGUUUCAGUUUUACCUGGGAAUCCUCCCCAUUGUUUUCAUGUAUUGCUCCCGCCCUCGCUCAAACAAACAUAUUUGGCACAUCAUCGUUUCCUUUUGGAUCCCGGAUAGGAAGUCAGGCCACAACACCAACUCUUGGUGGCGCUGGAUUUGGGCAGCCAGGUUUCGGGGUCAGCAACAUCGAGGAAGUAGAGUGGUCGCCUAUGCAGUGACUCUCGAGCAAGAUGAUGGAAGCGGUACACAACCAGCAGGGAAGUUCAAGUCCAUAUCGGCAAUGCCCGCAUAUUUUGAUAAGAGCCAUGAGGAGCUUAGGUGGGAGGACUAUCAGGAGCUCAAAGAGAUGCAUGCCUCGAAGUUGAAGUCGGAGUCUGAUGCUGAGUUGAGUAGGAUCAAAGCUCGUAUCCAAGCUCUUGAAUUAGAAUUAUCUAAUCUCAAGAUGGAGGAAGCUACUCAUAUUGCCUCUCGAGCCCCAUUGCUUCCCGAGUCAUCUUUUAAUCUCGAACCCAGAAAAUCCGAGCGUACAAGGAGAAUAAGCAAAACCAAAUGCAGGUGUAGAAGGCGCUAGCCCUCUUGGUUCGAUUGAGAGAGCAUAAGGUUUCUUGGGGCUAUGGUCAGGUGCUGACGUAGAAUUUCGAUCGAGUUUUUCGUUCCCUCACCAAUGACGAUGUUAACAUGGGACUAGGCUCAGGCGAAUGGUGGGGAUCCAAUGGUUUUGGUGAAGAAGACCCUGAGGAGGACCCUGAAGGAGAUUCCUGAUGAAGACUCCUGAGUCCUGACCCAGCACUCUCCAAGCCAAAGCGGCUUUGAACUAGACAGGGCUGAGCCUUUGGGUUGGACAAUGCGGGGUUUGUAUUAGUUGUUCAUAUUAGUUACUCGUUCCUAGUAAUGUGUACUGGACUAAGAAACCCGAUCAAUACUCGACUCAGCCCAAUGAUUAUCGCGGUUUACUUAGUGCCAGCUCUAGGAGAUGUGCUAUAGUUGUCCUUAUAUCCCUUAAGUAGCUAGUUGGACUUGGUUAGUGGAUGAAAAUCUACUCCAGUGUAAGGCCAUUCUGUUCGACAUGGUUCGGUUUCGCCGAUGAUCGUAAUGAAUGCUAAAUGACUCCGAAUUGUUAGUUGUUAUUAAA